AUGGUGCCAGUGCCAACCUCUUGCAGCCUCAAUGUUAAUGUUAGUGGCGCUAGUUCUAAUAUCUCGUCGAAUUUGGUAACAGAUGGUGCCACUGGGACCACUGGUAGACAUCGUCGUCAAUCAUCGGUUAAUGUCGUGUCGUGGAAUGAAACUGUUUCGGUGCAAUGUGCACCCGAUGAAAAUACCGAUCCCGCUGAAGAACCUUCGGUGGAGGUGCCCGUUACAAUGCGUGAGAAGGUGUUGCAUCGUCGUCACCUCAGUCUCGGUAAUGCUACAUACCCGUUGGAUGAGCAAAGCAUCUUGCAGGAUGGAAAUCGCCGUUACAGCAAUGUCUCGUGGGCACGUGACGCUGAAGCGCAACGCACCAAAAUGCGUCCGCAUAGUUGGGGACCCGUUGGUACGGCCUAUUUGGAUUCGUUGAUGUGUGACGCCGUCGAUACGAAACUGCAUGGACAAUGUGAUUUGGAGAUUCAUAUUUUUUCUCUUUUAUUCCACUCUAAGCAUACAAUUUUUUUUCGAAUUUAUAGUAAUCUUUGUAAAUUGUAUAUAUUUAGCGAACAAACGUGUGAUAAUAGACAAUAAAAUUUGUUUAAUUCAAACGAAAAACCGUAGCACUGCAUUUUGUAAAUAACACGAAGAAAAUUUUUCAAAAUGACCGCCGUCAUUUUAUUGCGUAACUUUUUAACUGUGACUAACAAAAACUCUUGUACAAAUGUAUAAAAAAGUGGUGUAAAUAUUUUUAAGCUGCAGUUUUUAACUAAACUUAAAGUGUGUCUUAGUUGAAGCGUGUUGUAGGUGUACGUGCCUCUUUCGAGUUGAAAUUUAAAUUUUUUUAUAUAAAUAUUCUUAGAAAUACUAAAAAAUGUAUAUUAGUAGCAUUUUCAAUAAUUUUUUUAUAAGAAGCAACAAAUAUGCUUCCACCGGUCCUCAAACAACGGGCUGCUACGAAGCAAACGCCAUUUAUGUAUUAAGCCUGGCUUCAGUAGCGUACUUUUAUUAUUGCCAGCACAAUUUUACUUUGCUUUUCCAGCAUAUUAAUUACCGUUAAUUAUUUCAUUAUCUGUUUUGUAUGCUUAUUACGUUUAUUUUUUCCUUUCUUUG